AUGGACUACAUCUUAGAUGUAAAUGUUCAGAUUUACUUUGUAGACUUAGGUGACAAAUUCCAAUUGGUCAAAACUAGUACCUUGUAUGAAGAUGGUUCCUUGGAUGAUGGUUAUAAUAGUGAAUACAACCCCACCGAUGAUAGGCCUUCUAACUCUGCAUAUAUGUCCUAUGGGGGCUUGCUCAUGAGGAUUCAGGGUGACGCCAACAACCUACAUUAA